AUUUAACUAAUUUAUUUAGGCUUAAGAAACUAUAAAUACUACAGCAUAAGUCUUAUAAUACUGAUAUAUGCAAGUGUCUUUUGUUAACCAGAAAAUGGUGAUGCAUUUUUGCAAGCCACUGUAACUGUUACAUCUAGAAAAGUAGAUUAGAGAUUGAAUGUAAUUACCAUGCAUUGUUACUUCCCUACUGCAUAACAUAAGAUUACCCAGAAAUGUUAACAUUCCAACAAGUAACUACACCCAGAACAAAUAUUUUAUGAACUCAGAUCACUCUUUGUGUCAUGUCUACAUAUGCUGUGGAUUUAUUUGGUUGUAUAAAAUGGUCACCAGACUAAUAUGUGUCUAACCAUAAACAGGACAGGCUAUUAUCCUAUAUGUGUACAUUAUCACCUUGAGGUGGCACACAUUUUCAUAUUAAAUUAUAUCAAAGGAAACCUGCCAUUCCUUUCUGGGCCUUUAAAAUGGGCUUUCGAAAAUAGUCUAGAGUGAAACCAGGCUGAUGCCAUGUCUAUUUUUUCAAGAAAAGUUGACCGAUGUAAAAGAACACAAAAUAAUUCUGGAGUAAGACCCAUUUCCGAGGGUAACCGGAGGAAUUGCUGCAGUUUGACGCGGCAAGCUUUCCUCCCCUAGCCCUUAGCCGACUGAGAUGCGUCUCUGACUAACGGCUGCAGGUGCAGGACUGAGGCAGCAUCAGCAGCGUGCAUGCCAGUCUGCAACGAUGCGGUAGGCUCUCCCAAACCCCAAGUUCUCUUGUUCCGUCGUAAACCCAACUCAGGACAAUUUCCCAGAACGCAGAAGUGUAACCCAGUAAGUAGCCUAUCCGAGCCACCUCGUUACCGCAGUGAUUCACAGCACCUUUUAAGAUGAUCCGGGUUUAAAAACGGGAAUCAGCGUGUCUUGUAAACAUUUUCCUCAGUUCCCACCCGUCCCACUUCCCUCCCGCAUCAUCCAAGGGACAAAUAAGAGUGCGUUUGUCGUAGCCCGAAAGUGGGCUGUUCAGGCGUUUUUCCUACGUAAUUUCGGCCACCUCUCCAUCUCAAUCUCUUUCUCUACCUCCUUCGCUGGCGGACGGAGCGUACUACUAUUACCCACCUUUCUUUUCCUAUAUGUGUGUUCGACUAAAUGAUCUAUGACAUCAUUGCUCUACUUUAAGCCCCUGGGUUAAUACAGAAGAUCUACCUGGAGAAGCUUCAUCAACUAAAAUACGUGCAAGAGAGGAUACAGACUUUCACGACACCGAUUAGAAAUGUUCCUGUCUCGACUACUGUGUACCAUCUGUCUACUCAUCGCACCGCUCUCCAGCAUUGGCAGCACCGCCUCAGAUGAUGCGAGACUACUACAGGUGAUCAUAAUUAAAUCCCCUCCAGUCUCUGCCAUUUUGGGUGGAUCUCUCAAGCUCCCCUGCCUAGUGUCAUUGUCCCAGCCACCCCCAACUGCUUCUACUGUGGGUCGCCAUGCUGUCCUCACCGUUCCGCGGGUGAAGUGGAGCAUUUUGUCCUCAGAGAAAGAGACAGAGAUCCUGGUUGCCCGCGGAGACCGGGUGAAGGUCAGUGAGGCCUACAAAGGCCGGGCCUCUCUGCUGAACUACGCUUCGUCCCCGGCUGAUCUCACCCUGGAACUCAAUGACCUACGACACAACGACACAGGCUUCUACCGCUGCGAGGUCCAGCAGGGCCUGGAGGACGCCCACGACCUUGUUCAGAUCAAGGUCAAAGGUGUUGUGUUUCACUAUCGCCAUGCUUCCAGUCGCUACGCCUUCUCCUUUGAUCAGGCACGAGAUGCCUGUGAGGACAUUGGGGCCCAAAUCGCCACCCCAGACCAGCUCCUGACUGCCUACAACAGUGGAUAUGAGCAGUGUGAUGCAGGCUGGCUGUCUGACGGAUCAGUCAGGUAUCCCAUUCAAAUGCCACGGGAAGGUUGCUUUGGGGACAUGGAUGGAAUGCCAGGAGUCAGGAAUUAUGGAAUGCUUGACCCAGAUGAACUCUAUGAUGUGUACUGCUACGUUGAGAACAUCCAAGGGGAGGUCUUCCACCCGACCACACCCCAGCAAUUGACCAUGCCAGAGGCUAAGGCUUACUGUGAAAGGCAGGGUGCAGAGUUAGCCACCACUGGCCAACUCUACGCAGCCUGGAAUGAUGGCCUGAACCACUGCAAUCCUGGAUGGCUGGCAGAUGGCAGUGUCCGCUACCCCAUUGUGACACCACGAGAACGCUGCGGUGGGUCGGAAGCUGGAGUCAAAACUGUGUAUCUCCACAGCAACCAAACUGGAUUCCCAGAGCCUCACAUGCACCAUGAGGUGUACUGCUUCAGAGGCAACAUGGGCACCACUCAAACAGAAACACCAAGAGAGUACCUGGCCACAGAGCCAGAGAAUCUAAGCCAAGGCAUCGUCACCCUGUCGGACCCCUUGGAGGAGUUCAGCUUGAGCCAAGUGACGGAACAAGCAGAGAAUGAGGCCCAGGGUGCUGUUGAAUCCUUUCCAGUUCUCAGCAAACAGUUCCCGGGAUUAGGAAGGGGGAUGGAGGUUCCUGCCACCACGCUGCCUCCUGAGGAGGGUACCCUUGCUGGAGAUCCAUUCAGUCCCACGACGCCUGCGCCCUUCGACGUGGAGACUUUCUCCACUCAUGACCCGUGGCAAGAAGUGCACAUUCUAACAAAUCCUGUUGAUUUUGAAUCUGCGCCUGAAACAUAUAAGGAGACCAGCAAUCCUGCCCAAGCAGGGAGUGACUCCCAGGAGAAUGCCAAAAUCUUUCUAAAAACAAAUCCAACGUAUCCACCAACCGAACAAGACGAAUAUGGCUCCAGCACCAAACAUUACCAGCCAACGCCUGAAACCAAUUCAGAAGAGGAAGGGUCUUUAGUGGAUUUCAAAACAGGGGGCACAAGUGUACCAGAAACAACCGUGAGACCUAUGGUAUCAACACUGGAGUAUGAAGAGUCAGGAGAGGCUAAGGAUUAUCAGACCACGCCAGAGACCAACCUGGAAGCAACUGCUCCAUCCGAAUCUCAGGUUGAUAUUGCAGUGAAAAGUCAUCAGGAUCCCGAGACUCGAUAUGAAAUUGUUAUUCUGCCAGAGUCCACCACUGUAGCUCAGGUUAAUCCCACCCGGGAAUAUGACCGCUCAGAGGCAGUGAGGUUUGAGGACAUGACUGCAAGCCUUUUGGAGAACAACACAGAGCUUCCGUCUACUGACCCAACCACGUCUCAUGACCUUUCUGAAACCGAAGACACCGAUCAAACACAGGCACCAGCAGGUGGCGCUCAAGAGGACGUUUCUCCUCAUGACGACGAGGACCUUGUCCAAACUGCCCAAACUACCCAGCCCUCCCUCAUGGAGGCCACCACACUCCCCGCGCCCUCAGAGGGAUCUGGUGGAGAAGACACUGAGGUGAUGGUGCCCGAGUACCCUUCUCCAGGAGAUGCUGAGGAGGCAGAGUCAGAGGUAGAGGAACCUGGCACCACCGCCUCAGCGGAGUCGGCAGAGCUGUUCACCUUGACCCCGGAAGACUAUCACACCUCUCCCGACCAUAUUCAGGUGACAACAGGCUUUGAUCAGGAGCAGUCUAGUACACCAUCUCCAUAUUCAUCUACCACUCUAGACUUGGUGGAGCAGGAGGCAGGUGGAACAUCAGAAGAGUCAGUUUCGUUUCCAACCGAUCUUGAUGGAGACCUUGAUCAUACCCUGACACCUACCAUAGCAGGUGUGACAGAGGGAGGUUCCGGUGAAGGCUCGGGGGCCCAUAAUGAUGACGACAUCAUUUCAGUGACCCUGUUGACCUCUCCUGUGCCCUAUACAACUGCCACGCCAAAGGAUUCUCGCCAGAUGGUGGAGGUAGCAUCUGGCACGCCCCGUAAUCUGGAUAUCUAUAUACCAGAGAGAACCACCCUGUCAGCCUUAGGUGUGACCUUAGAGGAUCUAGAGCGAGUGGAGCAGGAGGGCUUGGGUAUAACUCCUGACAUCAUGUACACCACCACUCCACACUUCUUAGAGACAACUCUCCGCCAUGAGGGAAGUGGUGACGAAGAUGGACACGAGUCGGAGGAAGAUCAGGUCGAGGGAUCUGGGCAGUCGUCUACAGACGUACCUGUUCUUGCAGAAUACCCUCACGUCCUGCAACCCAAUGCCACCGCUGCCACUCCCUUGAACCUCACAGAAAGUGAGGAUGAGGACUUCACCGGCCUUCUCGAGGACAUCAGCGGCACUGACAUUUUUGAUGCUCUGAACACCACUGACACACCAAAGACUGAUACCACCACAGACACACCUCACACUGAUGUGGAGGUCACUCUGCUUCCCGGUGUGACACAGACCCCAAGUUGGGAGACGCUCAUCUCUUCCACGGCUCCUCAGGAGUCUCGCUCUGACCUGGAGUACAGUGGCGACACCACCACAGGGACGUCUCAGGACUCAUUGGCUGAGACAGACUCCACCACCACAGGGGCGUCUCAGGACUCAUUGGCUGAGACAGACUCCACCACCACAGGGGAGUCUCAGGACUCAUUGGCUGAGACAGACUCCACCACCACAGAAGUGUCUACAGGGGAGUCUCAGGACUCAUUGGCUGAGACAGACUCCACCACCACAGGGGAGUCUCAGGACUCAUUGGCUGAGACAGACUCCUCCACCACAGUGGCGUCUCAGGACUCAUUGGCUGAGACAGACUCCUCCACCACAGUGGCGUCUCAGGACUCAUUGGCUGAGACAGACUCCACCACCACAGCCCCUCUGGUCGUCACCACCAUAGAACUAGAUGAGGAUCAGAGCACCUCUACCACAUUGGCACCAGUGGAGCUGGACCUCUUUGAUGCCCUGACGACAACAACUGCCGCCUCAGAAGAAGAGGAUGUUGAUGAGGAGGAAGUGACGCCGCCUACUGAGCCUGCCAUCCAUCGACCACUGCCGUCUCAAAGGGCAGUGAUCGUAAGGACGGGGAAUCUCUCAGAUGCCUGCUCGGAGAACCCUUGUGCCAAUGGUGGCACGUGUGUAGACAGCGGAUCCCACACCAAGUGUCUCUGCCUGCCAACCUAUGGAGGGGAUUUCUGUCAGAUAGAAAUGGAGCAUUGUGAGCCUGGCUGGGAGAAGUUUCAGAGCUUUUGCUACAGGCACUUUGUCAAGCGUCAAAGCUGGGAGGUUGCAGAGCAGCACUGUCGUAUGUGCGGUGGCCACCUGGUGUCAGCCAUGAGCCCCGAGGAGCAGAAUUUCAUCAACGAUAGGUACAGGGAGUAUCAAUGGACAGGACUCAAUGACAGGACAAUUGAGGGAGAUUUCCGCUGGUCUGAUGGAAACCCCCUGCUUUAUGAGAACUGGUACCGUGGGCAGCCUGACAGCUACUUCCUGUCUGGGGAGAACUGUGUGGUGAUGGUGUGGCAUGAUGACGGGCGCUGGAGUGACGUGCCCUGCAACUACCACCUCUCUUACACCUGCAAGAAGGGCAUCUCCUUCUGUGGACAGCCCCCUACUGUCCUGAAUGCAAAGAUGUUUGGCAAACGGCGCCUGCGCUACGAGACCAACGCCAAGGUGCGCUAUUACUGUGCGGAGGGCUACCUCCAAAGGCAGAACCCAAUCAUCAAAUGCCUCCCUAACGGCCAGUGGGAGGACCUUCGGAUCACCUGCACGUCAGUCUCGCCCCAAUCAGCGGCCACUCUGCCAACCUCUCUGGGUGAGGGGGUGAAGGUUGAGGACACAACGACGGCCUCGCCACAGUUUUGGGACAUCAAGUGGAGCUUCUAAGAACCUCAAAGAAACCCAACAGAACUUCCCCGUUAAUCCAUAAUCCUUAAUCAUCAUCCAUCCCAAGAGACCCUUUCCUAUCCCACAGGCAGAACCCACACUGUCUCCGUAUUUUUAGCAUUCUUGAAAACUGCACAAAUGUUACUUCUUCAUCACCAGCAAUGUACAAAUCACAGGAUUAUAUGCUGUAUAUUUCCAUGACACGGAAUUACAAAGAUGUUCGUAAUUCUAAGAUCUCAGUCACAGCGUAGCAGUUAGCGACCACCCUUUUUGCUCAUUUUUUCACUCACAAAAUGUCUUAUUGAUAGACGACACCAUUUCAUAACAUCUCACAAACACUCAGUUUAAAUUAUCCCGUGUCUGGGAGAAUUGGUUUUCCUAUUCUUAACUGCCAUACCGGUGCUAAUGUCGGGCCAUGCUGAGACAGCACAAGCUCCCAGUCUCAGCUGGUCCGACUGCAACUUAACAACUCCUUCAUACGUCUUCCUUUCAUGCCGCACAGAAUGGAGACUUCCGUUUCCAUUCUGUAGCCUGGUUUUGUUCCCCUCGCCCGCACAUUUGUACCGAAUCGUCAUCUCUCUAUCUGGUGCUGUUAUUCAGGUCUGUCAGAGGCUAUUGCCAAUGGCAGCUCAACUGCUGUACGUAAUUAUCAGUUAUCACUGACUAACAUGCCAGAGACAGCAGAACCAAGACACUGUAGUGUUGUUGUUGUUGUUGUUGUUGUUAUUGUUAUUGUUGUUAUUUUCAUGAUCUAAAUGGUAAGUCCAUAGAUGGGUUUUAAAAACUUCUCAAGAGAAAAAAUGAACUUUAAAAUGCACUCAAUUUUUACAUGGAGGUGUUUCUUUCAAACACUGUGGCACAUGCUAACGACUUUUAAAACCAUAUUUUCCUGUUGUGCUUCACCUAACGUAUUAAAUCCUGUUUACCACUCAGUCCUUUGCCAAUUAAUGAUAAUAUGAUUACAGACCUGUAUUUUUUUCCACUAUCCCCUAGUUCUGCAAUGCUUUGAAAUUCCUUUUUUUUAAGGUUAAGUUCACCUGAAAAACGAGAGAAAAUAAACAUCUAACACUCAAUUUGAAACUUUCUUACUUGUUUCUGAGUUGAAUGAUUAUUGGUCUUAACACACUAACUACACUCUUUAGAUGUAGAACCAAUAUUUUUAAGCACUUUUCUGAUUACGUAAUACAUUCUCUUCAUGGUCAUUUAUUUUUAAUAGCUAAUUUUAAAAGUAUUGUGCGUAUACAGGUUAGAGGUCAUCUGUAGAGUUUGACCAAGGUUGAUAUUUAGUUAGCUGUCACCAUUGCCGGAAAAUAUUAAUGAAAAUGUCAUUUUGAGCUGUGCUCUAAUAAUGCCUUUACUUGUAACUCUGUGAAUUUUAGAGACAUUGAAACAAAAUCAAGUCAUACGGGGCCAUCUGGUCUAUGGUACCCACACUUGGUAUGGUACAGCACCGAGCCUGUUUCAGGAAUUCAUAACUGAAUAAAGGAAGUCAUCUUUUACUAACAA